CCAGGCCAGCCUCCUCACUCGCCUCCCCUUCCUCCACCACCUGCCAGGCUCUGAAGCUGCCCAGCUGCCUCAGCCCUGAAACCAUGCCCCUCGGUCUCCUGUGGCUGGGCCUCACCCUGCUGGGCGCCCUGCAGACCCAGGCCCAGGGCCCCACCGAAAACCUGAUCCCAGCCCCACGCCUGUCCAGGGUCCCGCUGCAGCCGAACUUCCAAGAUGACCAGUUCCAGGGAAAGUGGUACGUCGUGGGCCUGGCGGGGAACGCAGUUUCAGAAGAAGAACACGGCCAGUUUAAGAUGUACACCACCACCUACGAGCUGAAAGAAGACCACAGCUACAACGUCACCUCCGUCCUGCUCAAAGGCCAGAGCUGUGACUACUUCAUCAGACCUUUUGUUCCAAGUGCCCGGCCUGGAGAGUACACCCUGGGCAACAUUAAGACUUACCCGAAUCUGCAGAGCUACACCGUGCGAGUGGCUGCCACCAACUACAACCAGUUCGCCACGGUGUUCUUCAAGAAGGUCUUCAAUAACCAGGAGUACUUCAAGAUCACCCUCUACGGGAGGACCAAGGAACUACCCGCUAAACUGAAGGAGAACUUCAUCCGCUUCGCCAAGUCCCUGGGCCUCACCAGCGACCACAUCCUCUUCCCUGUCCCGAUCGAUAAGUGCAUCGACGACGACGAGUGAGCUGGCGGUGCCUCCCGUCUCUCUCCCUCCCCACGGCCCUCGCAUCAGCCUCUGCCCAAGAUGCCACCCAGCUGCCCCCACCAGCCCGGAUGCCAGUGAGAGGGCCAGGAGACCCUUCUCACAGUCCAGCCCACCAAGCUGCCCCCUAAGCCACCCUGCUGAUGGAAUCGCUCCCUGACUGCCAAAUAAACCCGUGCUCCCAGUC